CUUAUUGGCAUUUCAUUGAAAUUUGGGAAAUAAAGUGCCAUACAGAAGGUUAUACUCAAGAAGUUCUUACUAGUUCAGUAUGAAGGAGGGACACGAACACUUAACUGCAUUUGAUGCCAGGCAUGGCAAAUUUGAAUAACCAGGGUUGCCUUUUGUUGGUGAAUUGUGAGGCAGUCUUGGAUGAAAUUUUUUCGGGCAUUUUAGACAAGUAGGUAGUGAUACAUUUUGACAACAUAUAAACUUUUCCUGAGGAUCCUGAUAUUAAUUUCCUGUUUGCCAAACAGCAGCUUGUGUCAUCUGGCUUCGGUUCAGAGUUUACCUUUCAUCGAGACCUUAAAAAUUUAAUCACUGGCUGAGUUGCCAGAGACACAGCAGCAGAGAAAGAGAGAGCGAGGCUUCCCUGCUUUCAACAUGGCUGCUUUCAGCUGGCUGAUCGUUCUUUCCCUGCUAGUCCUCUGGUUCUGGAAGAGCAGACGUCCCAAAGGUUUCCCUUCAGGGCCUUGGCACCUGCCCCUGAUUGGGAAUCUCCUUCAGGUCAGGAUCGGGAACCUUCAGAAGGACUUGGAUCAGCUAGGAAAAAAAUAUGGUCCAGUCUUCAGUGUUUAUCUUGGAGGAACACCUGCAGUCAUAACUCAUGGAUUUCCUUCAGCAAAAGAGGUCCUUGUGAUAAAAGGCAAGGAAUUUGCUGGGAGGCCAGACUUUCCUAUAAUGGAUGCCCUCAGUAAAAAAAAAGGUAUACUGACAGUAAGAUACGGUGAAGUCUGGAAGGAGCAAAGAAAGUUUUCACUGAUGCUUCUCAGAAACUUUGGAGUGGGCAAGAAAUCAAUGGAGGAAAAGAUCUUGGAGGAGGCAACUUAUCUGAUUGAGGCAUUCACUGAAGAGACAAGUGUGCCUUUUGAUCCUCAUGAGUUUCUGCAGAAUGCAGUCAGCAACAUCAUUUUUACCAUAAUAUUUGGGAAACGUUUUGAAUAUGACAAGAGCUUCCUGAAAACUCUGCUGCAUGAGAUACAUCAAAGUUUGAAAAUGGCACUGGGACCGUGGGGCUUGCUUUACAACGUGGUGCCCUUAGUGAGGAGGCUUCCUCUGCCCCAUCAGAGAAUACUAACAUCUUCAAAGAAAGUAGAAGCUUUUUUUGAAAAAGAGGUGGAAGAGCACAAGGCGACCCUGGUUCCUGGAGAACCCCGGGAUUUCACUGAUGCAUAUUUGGAAGAAAUGCAGAAGGCAGAGAGGAAAAGUUCCAGUUUUGAAGACGAGCAGCUACGAGUCUUAUUGUGUGACCUGUUCUUGGCUGGAACAGAGACAAUGGCAGGAACGCUUCUAUGGGGAUUCCUCUAUUUGAUGGCCUUCCCAGAGAUCCAAGAAAAAUGCCAGAAGGAGAUAGAUGCUGUUCUGGGAAACAAUGCAAGCCUGAAGUAUGAAGAUAGAGAGAACUUGCCCUACACAAAUGCCGUCAUUCAUGAAAUCCAACGCAUUUCAAAUGUUGCUCCUCUUGGACUACCUCACGCAACCAUUCAAGAUGUACAGCUUUUUGGAUAUAAAAUUCCCAAGGACACCAUGGUUUUUGUCAAUCUCCAUUCUGCCCAUUUUGAUGAAUCUCAGUGGAAGUUCCCAAAAGAGUUCAACCCCUCCAACUUCUUGAAUGAAAAGGGAGAGUUUGUGAAGCCGGAAGCCUUUUUGGCAUUUUCAGCAGGACCAAGAGCCUGCUUAGGGGAAAACCUGGCCCGGAUGGAGCUCUUCCUCUUCUUCACCAGCAUUUUGAGAAACUUCCAGUUAUUGUGGCCAGAUAAAUCACAAGCACCAGAU